GUCCAGGACAGGAACUUCCGCCACACGGACGGAGCAUGUUCCAUUGUACCGAGCAGUCUUCAAAGAGUGUCGCAGUUGUGGGGCUGCAAACUGUUAGAAUCGGUUAAAGUUAUUUUUCCUUCUUCUGAUCAGUUGCCGCUUGUUGGGGAGGAAAUCACAGCGGGCGGUUAGCGGCACAGUAACGGGCGGCUGCAGGGACAGGGUGCGCUGGUUCUCACCGGAGGAAUUCCAGGCUGAGCGGCGGCUCCUCCAGCUCGUUCCGCCGGUUAGCAAAGUAUCGGUAACCGCGGGUUUAUUUUCCGGUUUAACAGAUGAAUGGACUGUUUUUGAGCCGCGGGGGUCUGGGUUCAGGUCGGUCACAUUCAAACGGUGAAGGCUGCUAGCUCCGGGAUUAGCCGCUAACCUGAGCUAGCUGCUCCGCUAGCUGCUCCGCUAGCUAGCUGCCGGCUGUCCAACAACAAAAAGAUCAACAGGAAGUGGGAUUUGGCCUGAAACGCUGCUGCGCUGCGGAUCCUCCGAUCAGAGCAGAAGGUGAACCGGCGGCUGGAAGGAUGAACGGCUUCAGCACCGAGGAGGACAGCCAUGACGGCCCGCCGCCUCCUCCCUUCUACGGCCAGAGCUGCUGCCUGAUCGAGGACGGGGAGCGCUGCGGCCGCUCGGCGGGGAACGCCUCCUUCAGCAAGAGGAUCCAGAAAAGCAUCUCCCAGAAGAAACUCAAGCUGGACAUCGAUAAGAGCGUGCGGCAUCUCUACAUCUGUGAUUUCCACAAGAAUUUUAUCCAGAGCGUCCGCAACAAGAGGAAGAGAAAGACCAGCGAUGAUGGCGGCGAGUCCCCGGAUCACGAUGUGGACGUUCCUGAGGUGGAUCUGUUCCAGCUGCAGGUGAACACUUUGAGACGCUACAAGCGACACUACAAGCUGCAGACCAGACCUGGGCUUAACAAGGCUCAGCUGGCAGAGACUGUGAGUCGUCAUUUCAGGAAUAUUCCUGUAAACGAGAAGGAGACCCUCACCUACUUCAUCUACAUGGUGAAGAGUAGCAAGAGCCGCCUGGACCAGAAGGGCGACGGAGGUAAACCGCUGGACUAAAGUUCCCCCCGCCAGCAUCAGCUCCACGCCAGAUCCACACGCCUCCAUCAGCAGCAGCUCCUUCCUCUGUGGGACCAGAACCUGCCGUCCUCUCAGGACGUUAAACUGGAGGAGACAUGGAAGGAGGAGGAGUCUGCUGGAUUUGGUUUCUUGCUGUCGCUGCCGUCUGCAGCAGAACUCACAGCAGAGAUUCAUCGUAAUACUGUAGAAAAUCCAGAGCCAGAUGGGAAAUAAAUCAGCUAAAUGCAAAUAUACUAAAUGGCUGCCUUAAGAGUUUAGAAAAGGGAGGGACAGAAACUAAACUUUGUGGUGUGUGUGUUUUUCUUUCUCUAGCUGGUGAAUAAAGUUUAAUCACUUUCAGAGGAACGAGGUGGUUAUCAGCCAGAGGCCAACGAUGCUGGAAAGGGUUAAAAAGUUCAGACUCAGGUUCAGUUUAAGAUCCAAUCAAACCAUCGCUAAUAAUGUCUAACAGGAAACGGAUCACUUUAUUGGUGUCCUGUGUUCAGACGGGAUGUAAAGAUAGGAGGAAAGAAGAUGAGCCGCCGUUUCUUCCUGUCGCUAACGUUCAGCUUCUCGCUUCGCCGACAAAUUCAACAAUGAAUUAAAAACCCAGAAACUUUCUAGCAGUUUGUCUGCUGCUAUAUGAGGAUUUAUCCCGACUUUUUCCUCCAUAUUUCUCUGAUUUAAUUACUUUGAAAUGUUCCUCUUGAUGUUUUUUUCUUUUUGUCAUUUAAUUGUUCAGGUUUUGAUGUUUUGAUCCUGCUGAUAAUCAUCAAACGGAGGAAACUAGUUACCAUCUGGAAGGAAACGCUCUGCUGAGGCCUUCAGACGUUCUCACCGUCCUCCUGCAGAUCUCUGCUUUCUGUUCCCUUUUAUUUUCAGUCUUUUGUACUUUUUACUUUUCCUUGUAGAUUUCUUAGUGUCAUGUAGAAAACAUGGGUCUUUAUUAACACAGGUCAUGCCUCAUUAUACUGACUGCUCUAUUAAAAAGAGAGAAAAUUCAUAUUUAAGUAUGGCUGCAUACUGCUCCUAAUAUUAAUAAAUGUAUUGUCUGGGCAGAUGAA